AUGCAGCGCGUCUCGAGAGGCGAUUUCAUGGCGGAGCUGGAGCUCGUCUUGUUAAAGCUGUCCGCGAUCGAUCUGUGCCAGGCGAGGUGCGUGUGCCGCGAAUGGCGACGAGCAAUCGACGCUCCCAGCUUCCGGGAAGGGUAUGCGCGCUCCCAUGGCUGCAUUCCUCAUCUUUCCCUCAGGCUCGCCGAAUCCCUCUUCGUCAAGCCAGUCGACAAUUCCCCGCGCAGCGAGUGGCGCCUCUUCCAGACGCUCCCAGAGGGCAUGACCAUCGCCAGCACCGACGCGGGCUUGCUGUGCCUGGCCACGUUUGGGGACUUGGAUCGGCCCUCCUCCAUCUACGUGUGGCGCUACAGCGAUAUCAACUCCUCCCCGGUGAGAGUUCCGUUGCCACCAGUGCCCAUCGACUGGAGUCGCAUGGUGGUGUACACCCGCGACAGGGAUCGAUCGACGCCACAGUUUCGCGUGGCUAUCUUCGACAGGCCCUCGCUUGCGUUCUACGUUUACGACUCAGCCCUCAGCCAGUGGUCCGUGCAUGGGGACUUGUACCCGUCGGGCCGGAGGGGCGACCCAGACAUGGGCUGUACCAUUCACAACAACGGCUUCUAUCCGAUGUUGCAUCACGGUGUGGCGGUGAUCCUUUGCACGGAGACGUGGAGGGUCUUGCGAUACAACAUGUGGGACGGUUCGUGGAGCAUUGCGGAUCUUGACACCACCGAGUUGGAGUUGGGAUCCAGGUGGGCGUUUGUGCUGUUGGAUCCGGGCCGACUUUUCGUGCUGAGCGAGGACGACAACACGGAAGAUUUGGAGGGACUGAUCGUCGCGGAGAUGCAGGGAGAGAAGUGGCAGGUCGCGUCGUGCUGUGACGACCUUGGCGAUGUGGAACUGUGCGAGGACUUGAUAUGCACCGAUGGGAGCAACAGCAUAUGGCUGGUCGACUCGGACUGCUCACGCAUCAUGCACUUUGGAGUGGUUUCCAAGUGCUGGUCGGAGGUGGAGACACCAGACACUUUUCAAGGACACAAGGAACUCGCGUGGUUUUCCUGUUAACACUCUUAUGCGGGUAUACAAGUUGAGCGAAAUUUAUGUCCUGCCAACCGUCUCCUCUUUGCUGCAAAAGUUUUCUGUGUGACCACCACUUUUUGUUCCAUAAACCUAGCUUCGUUUGAUCGUCUAGAUCAACGUAUCUUUUUAAGCGGGUCCAUGAUUGGAAAGAAAAAGUAUUCCUUAAGCAAAACGGAAGUCAAUUCCAUAAAUGAAAUAAAUAAACCUUACCUUUUAGUUUACUUUU